CCUCGAUGGUACCACCAACAAAUCAAGGUCAGUUCCUACAAGACAAAUGCGCCACUGAUGCUAUAUUGGAGAGAUGGUCUUGAGGUCAUUAAGCAUCUUUUUGCCAAUCCAGUUUUUGCACCUUGCAUGGAUUUUCAGCUUGCUAAUCAUGCAUGGAAGAUACAGCAUAAGCUUCCUCCAAGCCAUUUGUUCGUUGGUGUGAUUUGUGCUUCAGACAAGACACCUCUAACAAUUGUGACUGGAAAUAAGGAGAUGCAUCUCCUGUUGAUCUCGCUUGCUAAUAUUUAUGCAGGUGUUCACAUGAAAGCAACAUCACAUGUGUUUGCUCUGAUUGCCCAUCUUCCAAUAUCUAAAUUUCUCAAUGUCUCAAAGCCUGUCCAUGCAAUUCUAUCCAUGCAAGUUUAUCAUUUUGCGAUCUCCAUUGUCAUG